AAAAACAAGAGAUAAUUCGAGCGAAACAGACGCAGGUACGAGUGUUAAAUGUGAAAAAUGAGUGAAAAUCCCGGAAAUCCCAAGAAAAUUGUGGCCACAAGGUCUUCGAUUUUAAAGAAACCACCAAAUGAUACGGACUCUUCGGAUUGCACGGAUACGACGACAAAGAAGCUCGUCCGGAGAAUUAGCUUUAGUAGCACGACAUCCGUUAAUGAAUUUAUGCAAGGAGCGGACAAGCAAGCAUUUUGGGUGAGUUCUUAUGAAGAAUCUGACCCUAAAGCUGUCAAUGUAUCCGAUAUUGCUGCUGCAGCAGCCCCCAAGGGGAAUUACGAAAUCUUGGAUAGGGACAUUGACGAUGAACCAUUAAAUGCAGCGAAACUUCGCCCAGGAGACAGCAACAAGGAGAAUGUGACCCCCGAAAUGACUAUGUCGUCAUCAAUUAUUAGGGAUAGGGACAUUGACGAUGAACCAUUAGAUGCAGCGAAACUUCGCCCAGGAGACAGCAACAAGGAGAAUGUGACCCCCGAAAUGACGAUGUGGUCAUCAAUUAUUAUGGCAUCGAAACCAUUAGCCAGUUCAACAAUGCUGAACUUUCAAAUUGAUCCAUCGGCGGGGGAUAAAGUAAUCUUUCGAACUGGGGCCGUUAAGAAAAUCCUCCCAGAAAAUUCAGAUUAUUUGUCUUUCUUGAUGAAAACCCCCGAAAAUGUUGGUUGUGGAAAAACUCUCGACUUUCCCACAAAUGAGGAUCAAAUGAAGAAUCUCACACUUGCAGCUUUCAAAGAAAUUCCCACUGAGAAGAUCAGAAAGCACCAAGAUCUCCCACCAGAAGACGAUCAAAUGGAUCUCAUGAUGAAUUUUCAAAAGAAGUCCUGCAAUCCCGCAUUGGAUAUUUCAGUACUCCCGGAAAGUGCAAAGAAUACUAACGAUGUGCCAAAAGGCAAAAAGUCCCUGCUAAGCAUGGAUAUGACUCUACCACACAUUGAGCAGAGAAAGGAUCCGAAGAAAGGGAGAAAAACAAUAUUCACCACAGAGGAUGACAAUGAAAUGAACAUCACUGGCAGUUCGGAUGGAAAAUCUCAGAGGGAUAUUCCGAAGUCAAUGGAAGCAAAUACGGACCUCACUUCCCAGGAAGUAAAUGAGACGGGAAAGACAUCCCUUCUGAUGCAGAAAAUGGAAAUGACUCUGGAUGAAGGUGGAAAGGGGAUACAUUUUGGAAGGAGAAUAAUUUAUUUCUCUAAGGAUUAUGACACUGGAAUGGAUCUGAUUGAGCCUUUGUCGUUGGAGGAAGACGAAGAAAUUGCUGCGGAAGCUUCAAAAGGAACGCCAAAUAUGGACACCACCAAUACGCCUCUAGAUGAGAAGGCUGAAGCAUUCAAAUUGUGUUCUGGAAAUUUUGAUUUGGAAGCUUUGGAUGCGAAGAAAAAUCCAGCAGCUGUUUCACGAAAUAUUCGCUGGGAAACUUUCACGAUAAGCCCACAAAAGACACCCGAGAAGAGAAGCCAAAUUCCUAUUGUAGUACCCAAGCAGGGAACAUCAAAGAAAUCACUGCUGGGGGCAUCUGAGAGCUCAAAAUACACUGAAACACUUUCAGUCAUUUCAGCGGAGGAGCAAGAAGUUACCUUACCUGGGACAAUAAAAUCUCUCCCAAGUGCCAACAAUUCAACAUUACCCGAAAUCCUGAGUUUCCCAAGAAAUCUGUCCACAUUCAAGGAUGAUGUGGGAAAUCGCAAAAUCCAGGCAAAUGAUCCGAAGUUCUUGGAAAAUUUCCUCGGAAGGGAUCUCUUUGACAAACUAUCAGAGACAAAGGAUGCAGAAAAGAAGCUGGAGAAUGCCAUAAAGGAUCUGGAGGAGCUUGAGAAGAAGUGCAUGCCGACAAUUGAGAAAUUCCUCAAAUAUCCAAGUCGUUGUCAAUUUCCACGAUCACUCUCCUUCAUUAGGUUACUUCGCAACAUGGUUGAGAGCAUGCCAAGUAUUUGGUUCAUUGAAAAAUUUUUCUAUCGAGGACUUAUGCUGUUUAAACACAGGAAGAUUACAACAUUUGAAAUUUACAUUUACUUCGAUCCGAAGCAGCUCAUUGACAUGGAUUCAGUUGAUAGCCGAGGAAUACUCUACUUCAAACGCAUCAAGAUCAGGGAUUGUGAUUGGUACACAUUGAAAGAUCCAGCAACAAAGUCCAAAUUGUGGAUUUAUUUGCACACAAAAUUCCGCAGGCAGGUCCCCGUGGAUCACAACUUCUUGGACAAGUACAACGAUUCCAAUUCCCUGCGAGAUUUCCUUGAGUACAUCAACAAAAUUUGCUGCGACAUUUUUGCAGCGAGACCACAUAUAAUGGAAAUUGUGCAAAUGAAGGAAAUUCCUUAAAUAAUUUAAUUUGUUUUUGAAGAAUAAUUCGCUCCGGGAGUGUAAAUAUUUAAUGUAAAUUAUUUGUAAAUAAAUUUGAAGUCAAUGAGUUCAAACAUAAAA